AUGUUCCACUUGUCAUAAAUGGAUUAAAUAUUUUUAAAAUCUUUAGCAGAUGUUGUAAGAACUUCAAGGACAACAUCUCAGUAUGAUAAGUUAACAUUUACUACAUAAACAAUAGCAGAUAUAAAAAAUGAAAUAUAAAGUAGAUAGGAAUCAGUGAGAUAUUAAGCAUUGUUAAAAUUAUUCUUUGUAUUUAGAUAUUUCUAUAAAUAAGCUAGCUAUGGAAGGGAAUAACAUAAGAUGGGCAGAAUUUCAAAUAAUAAAUUUGAUGGGAAGUGGUGAUUUCUAAUUAAAAUUGGGUGCCUAAUUAGCAGCACAUUUAGUAAUUGAUACUCAAAGUCAAGGUCUAAUAAUGGUUACAAAUGUAUUUUAAAAAGAAUUUAAAAACGGUCAUGUUGAAUGUUCUGCUACUUUAAGUUGUUUGGGAACUAUUGCUAAUAAAGAUUUAUCAGAUUCAUUGCUGCCACAUGUUUUAAAACUUACUACUAACACUAAACCAUUAAUAAGAAAGAAGGCAAUAGCAGUUUUAUCGAAAAUAUUUACAAUAAAUCCAUUGAACAUCCCUGGAAAUUUAGAAAUGGUGAUAUAAUAAUUAUAGAAAGAAACAAAUAUUUCUGUCUUGGCUUGUGGCAUUAGUUUGUUUUGUUCAGUGAUGAAGGUAGCACCAAAGCUCUAUCCUUUAUUUUUAUCCAUUGUUUAUGAUCAAAUUUCUAAAUAAAAAUCAAAUUGGUUGUUAAUCAAAUUAGUUAGAAUAUCAAACAAAUUGAUAUCUUUAGAACCAAGAUUUUAAGGUAAGUUAAUAGAACACUACACAAGAUUACUUAAUUAGACAAAUUCUAAAUCCUUAUAAUAUGAACUAAUUUAUUCAAUAAUGAAAUAUUUUAAAAAUCAUUCCUAACUUUAUGAAAGCGCAGGAGAUAUUUUAAAAUAAUUUUUAAAUCAUUAAGAUCCAAAUUGUAAAUUUAAAUAUUUAUUAUUUAGUGAGAUGCUUGGGAUUGGAAUGUUUGACACAUAUUUCAUCAUCAGCUGGUCUUAUGGAAUUUUAAGAACAAAUUCUAGAAAGUUUUAAAAAAAGUGAUUAUUUUUCAAAACUAUAAAUUUUACAGUUGUUCAAAGAUUUUACAAACUAAUAGAACUUUUAAACUGUGAUUGAAUUCUUUAUAAAAUAUUCAGAUUUAGAAAGCAAUCAUAAAAUUAUUGAAUCAUUAAGUAAAUAAUAUGUAAAAUAAAAUAGUUUUCAUUAUAAUGAAAGAUAAAUUUAUAAAUGUUGAUGAUCCUGAAAAAUUAUUACUAAUGUAUAUCCCAGUGAUAGCUUAAAAAAUAGACACUAUUGACAAUGCUAUAAGAUUUAAGGAAUUGCUUUUUGAAUUAUUAACAAGAGUUCCUGGAUUAAAAGUUUAUUCAGAUUAAUUAUGCAAUCAAAUACUUUAAACAUAUGCAAUUUAAUCUGAUUCUUUAUAAGGUCCUACUUUGAAUAUUGUUUAGAGACACACUUAAUUAAAAUACUCUUUAAAUCAUAGAGAAAUAAUUUUUAAAUCUUUAAUUAUGAUAGUAGGUGAAUCAGUUAAAUUAUUGAAAUUAGAAGCCCUUACAAAUAUAAUUAAGUUUUUAGAAUAGUUGAAUAUAUUGAAUUGUUAUGAAUCAUCCUUAUCUGAUAUAGAUUCAUUACUAUUUAAAAUAUACAUCCAAAUAAUCAAAACUGAUCCUUCCAAUGAUCUUAUUCCAUAAAUUGAAUAAUUAAUUAAGAAUAUUUACAUCAAAUUACACAACAUUUCAAUUGUCAAAAUUUCAUUCUUUUAUGAGUCCUUAAUUUUAAAUAAGACUAAAGACCAACUUGAUCAAUUAUAUAAUUUAUAUGCAGAAGAUUUACCUCCAAUUAAUUUAGAAGUAUAACAAUAUAUCAUUAUUAAGGCACAAAAAUUAAUAAAGCCACCUGAAGGAUUGGACAUCACUUAAUCAUUUUAAAUAGAUAUAGAAGAAAUUGAGAAGAUUAAAAAUUCAAAUAAUGACUAACUAGAACAAAAACCAAUAAUUUAAUAAUUAUAAUAAAUAGAAUCAAAUUAAACAGAAUAAGAAGAUUAAAACACUCUAAUAUAGAAAUAGGAAGAAAAUGAAGAAGAAUUAAAACCAUUGAAUAGUAAAAUAGAUCCAAUUCCUAAGAAAGUCUUUACAAUUAACAGAGAUGAAGAAUUACCACCAGGUAUAAAUUAAAAUGAUAUAAAUAAAUCUAAAGAAGAAGAAUGA